UCCAUCUUGCCGCAUUUGACAGCUGCAGCUGUCAGUGGUGAGCGCACACGCAGGGUUGCUAACAACGCAGAGUUGCUUUGGCUGGUUGGCAUUAAGCAACACUAAUUGUGUUUUUUCCGUUUGCCAACACUGCAGCACAAACAAAAUGUCAAAACAAUUUGGUCUCAUUAUACCUGGCCAGCAGAAGAAGCUACCAGUAAAACCAUUAGAACAAACAAAGCCAUCCAUUUUCGAUGAGAGCAGCAACAGCUCGGUCAGCGACCAUGACGCGGGUGCGCCAAAAAUGCGCCUCAGCGGCAAAGCGGGAGUGGUCAGUGGACCCAGUCUGAUGGAGCGUCGUGUGGCGCGCAAUAUGCAAGAGAAGGCUUUGGCCGAGGACCCAACUAUUUUUCAGUAUGACGAGCUGUACGACGAUAUGGACACGAAACGUGAGGAGGCCAAAGAUACCAAGAGGCUGGAGCCUCGCAAAGCCAAGUAUAUAGGCCGCCUAAUGGAGCAUGCAGAGCGACGUAAACUGGAGAACGAGCUGCGUGUUGAGCGUCAAGUGCAAAAGGAUCGCGAAGCAGAGGGCGAAAUGUAUAAGGACAAGGAUACAUAUGUGACAGCAGCGUAUCGCAAGAAGCUCGAAUCCAUACGCCAACUGCAAGAACAGGACAAGCGUGAUGAGUACCUAGAAGCCAUUGGCGAUGUGACGAAACAAAAUGAUCUGGAUGGUUUCUACAGGCAUCUGUACGAACAGAAAUUGGGCACCCAACAGCCAGUGCUUAAGCCUAAGACAGCGCCCAGCACAACGGAUGUGGCUUAUAAGCCAAUCAAGCGCGAUGCGCCCAGCUCCAGUAAACAGCGCAGCUACAGAAAGCGUCGUUCCUCGGCAGAAGAAGAAAAGCCAGAGGCGGCGGCUUCACCUACAGAUGAAACCAAGGCUGGCAGUUGCAGCACAAAGGCGCAUCUGGCCAACAAUAUAGAUGCCGAUUCAGACUUUAGCAUUGACGACUCCAGCGACGACGAGGAGCAGCAGCAGCAGCAGGAGCAGAAAGAACCGCCAGCAAAUGGUGUCACAUCGGCGGAAAAGCCACUGCCACAACCUGAUGCCAAACAUAAGGACAAGCAGCCUGAUCCAGAGUCAGAGUCCAAGCAGAAGCCCAAAGAACAGAGCGCCGACGACGACAGCGAUUUGGCUAAGGAGUCGGAUGUGCUGCCGGUUGUCAGGACGCCCGUCGAUCGAAGUUACAUUUGGCUUAAACGCACCGUAGGCGAAGUAUUUGAUUCAGCCCUCGCUCGUUACCAUGAACGCAAACUGGCCAGACGUGCCUGAUCCUGAUUCAAUUUGUGACAAUUUCAACAUUAAGCGGCUCCGCCUCGCACUCAAUGUUCAUUUUAAAUAUAUGUAUAUACUUAUGUAUGCAUAUACAUAUAUACUCAUGUACAUAUAUAUAUAUCUAAAUUAUGCAAGUGCUUCCUUUGCGCAAAUAUUUUGCCAACAGGCAUUUGCAUAGCCCAGAAAAAAAGACAAUAAUGAUACAGUAAAAACUCUCUUGACGGAAAAAAGUUUGUAUCAAAAUUGGGCUUGAAAAUAACAUGUCUGAAAGGAAUCUUGUAUUCGAUUUUUUUUUUUUUUUUUUUUAAUUAAAUCAAAAGACAAAAGCUAUUUUAUAAGAAAUGCAAAAUUGUAAAUAAUGGCAAGUUUUUCUGUAUUUUUGUUUUUUUCUUUGACAGAACAAGGUCGCUUUAAGUGUUCGUUCGAGAGAGCUUUCACUGUAUUCCAUUUAUUUUGUAUAUACGGAACACAAAUAAAAAUAAAAAAAACCUAACAAAGA